AUGUGUAAGGUGAUAGAAGAUUUUGGAUUUUGCGAAAAGACAACGAAGAUAAGAAUGCACUGGGCUGGACUUUUUCUCAUUGUCAUUGCUUUGAGUUCUGCGCGAGCUGUAAAAGUCAAGUAUUCGCUGAAGCCAGAAAAAGCGUGCAAAGAUAUACAUACACAAGGAUAUCAAAGACUGAUCAUUGACUCAGUUACGAUAUACCACACGGACGAUAAUAAUAGAAUUAUCGACGCUGCAUGGACUGACACCAAUUGCAAUAUGGCAAAGGAAUGUCGGGGGACAUUUACACUGAAUAGUCAGAAAAAACUCAAAGGACCUUUGCUCACCUACGAUUCUAAAGGUCGUUACCAUAUCGUGCUCGGUGUGCGCCAUACACAACCAGCAAGAGAGAGCCCAGUAACGUAUUUUUGCACCUCUUAUGCGAUAAAGGACAAUAAGCAAAGACCUAGCAAUAAGGAGUUCGACGAAAAACUUUAUCACCUUGAUCCUUUUUUGAUCGGUGAAGUGGAAGUUAGUGUUGACGGGCACAAGGUUAUUACUCGAAGGAGUGAUGCAAAAAGGUGCUUCGACUCUUACAGCUGGAUCGCUGAUCAUGGAAUCUAUAGGCUCUACGACGAUCAGUGGAUCACCAUGUAUUAUUAUCCCCACUAUUACCCACAAGUACUGUCUUGA